AUGGUAAUAAAUAAUGGUCAGAGUACGACAGUCACCAAUACUAAUACAUUAGCCCGACAAUUAGAAAUUGCCUAUGGUUUGCCAGCAGGUUCGUUAAUAAUCACUAAUAUUGUGAUCAGAGGUAUUACAACAAAUGCUGGUAGCGGUCGUCGUCGUCGUGCACUUUACAGAACAAAACGUGACGUAUCUAGUUGUAGUCAAUUCGGAUUUGCUCGCUUAUUAGUGGAAAUCACAAUGCGCGUAAUCUACCCAAAAAAGUGUGGUGUAUCACAGUCUUGCAAAACAAAAUUUCUCCAGAGUACUGUAGCUCAAAUAAAUGCAUAUGGUGGAAAUAUUCCAUUAACAAUCAUAUUUGCUGACGGACGCUCUAUUACAUUGGUGUUAUACCCUUGCACCAAUACUGGUGGUUUAUCAUUGUUCGAUAUUACAAGUCUUACAACUACAACUACACCAGCUCCCGUCUGUUCGCUUCAAUGGAACACAGUUGGCACGACUGUAGCAGGUGCUGCUAAUGGUGCCGCUGGUGUUACACUCAACCGGCUCAGCGGUCCUCGUGACAUAUUUUUGGGUUCAUCCAGUACACUCAAUAUCGCUGAUAGUAAUAAUAAUAGAGUCCAGAAAUGGACGAUAGGUGCUGCCGCUGGUACGACAGUCGCUGGUCAAACAGGUGGAGCACCUGGUGCAGGUGCAAAUCAGCUCCGUUUUCCUACUGGUGUCGUUGUUGACGAAACUAGUACCGUCUUGGUGGUAGAUGACAUUAAUGAUCGAGUUCAAUCCUGGCCAUUAAUAGCAGUUCAAGGCACAACCAUUGCCGGCGCAGGAGGAAAUGGAGCGGGAAAUAAUCAAUUCAACCGUCCAUUUGGUAUUGCACGUGAUGCUAACACGAAAACACUUUACAUCAGUGAUUCGUUGAAUCAUCGUGUGAUGCGAUAUUUAGCAGGUGCAGCGGCUGGUACUGUGGUUGCUGGUGGUAAUGGAGGUGGAAAUGCCAACAAUCAGUUGAACUUUCCAGCUGGUAUCUAUUUCGAUGCAGCAUCAAACAGUCUUGUGAUCGCUAAUCGUAACAGCCACAAUAUCAUCCGCUGGGCUAUAGUACCCAAUACACGAACAGUUAUUGCUGGUAGUGCUGCUGGAGUAGCUGGUAAUACAGCAAUAUUACUAAGCAGUCCAGAUGGUGUAACGCUCGAUUCUGCUGGAAAUAUAUAUGUGGCCGAUACAGGAAAUAAUCGCAUACAGUUGUUUAAGGUUGGUCAAACUAAUGCUAUUACCAUUGCAGGAGUACCUGGAUUACCUAAUGCUAAUCCAUCCUCACUACGUGGUCCUUCUGCCGUUAGACUCGACAGUCAAGGUAAUUUGUACGUGGCCGACAGAAACAAUAACCGCAUACAAAUGUUCAUGUGCAUCCAAAGUUAA